GGCAAAGUUCCCCCCGGCGCUCCGCCGAGCAUCCCCCGCUCCGCCGCCGCGGCCGCCUCCGCGCCUCCCCGCUCUGGGGACGGGACCGGGCCCGGGGCUCUCCCCGCCCCUCCGCCGCCUCCCGGUGCCGCACGCAGCCCCGAGCCGCCCCUCGGCGCCCGGCCCCGGCCAUGUCGAUGCUGCCGUCGUUCGGCUUCACGCAGGAGCAGGUCGCCUGCGUGUGCGAGGUGCUGCAGCAGGGGGGGAACCUGGAGCGCCUGGGCCGCUUCCUCUGGUCGCUGCCGGCCUGCGACCACCUGCACAAGAACGAGAGCGUCCUCAAGGCCAAAGCGGUGGUGGCCUUCCACCGGGGCAACUUCCGCGAGCUCUACAAGAUCCUGGAGAGCCACCAGUUCUCGCCCCACAACCACCCCAAGCUGCAGCAGCUCUGGCUCAAGGCGCACUACGUGGAAGCCGAGAAGCUGCGCGGGCGGCCGCUGGGAGCCGUGGGCAAAUACCGGGUGCGCCGAAAGUUCCCCCUGCCCCGCACCAUCUGGGACGGCGAGGAGACGAGCUACUGCUUCAAGGAGAAGUCGCGGGGGGUGCUGCGGGAGUGGUACGCGCACAACCCCUACCCCUCUCCCCGCGAGAAGCGGGAGCUGGCCGAGGCCACCGGGCUCACCACCACGCAGGUCAGCAACUGGUUCAAGAACCGGCGGCAGCGGGACCGGGCGGCGGAGGCCAAGGAGAGGGAGAACACGGAGAACAACAACGCGGCCACCAACAAACCCAACCAGCUCUCCCCUCUGGACGGGAGCAAACCCCUCAUGUCCAGCUCCGAGGAAGAAUUUUCACCGCCGCAGAGCCCGGAUCAGAACUCGGUCCUCCUGUUGCAGGGGAACCUCGCUCACGGCAGGAGCUCCGCGUACCCGCUGAGCUCCCUGCCCGCCCCCCCGGGCACGCACAGCCUCCCGGGCCAUCAGCUCCAGGACUCGCUGCUGGGGCCGCUCACCUCCAGCCUGGUGGACCUGGGCUCCUAAAGGGCUCCACUCUCAAACACGGACUCUCGGUUGUACAUAGCGGACGGUGAUCCUGAACGUGACUUCGGCUCUUCUCCACGGUCUCAGCUCCAGGUCCGGUCCCCCCCCCCCCCGCCCCCCAACUCCCUUCCCUACUGUCGUUAUUUUUAUUAUUAUUAUUAUUAUUAUUAUUAUUGUUAUUUUUUUCCACGUAGCCAAACGCAGAGAGCGGCAGAAAGCCCUCAGCCUUUCGAGUUCAAGUGAGCGGGAAUUACAACAACAGAAAGAGAAAUGAAAGGGGAG